UCAAUUAACGUUCUUUUUAAGUACUAUUGUUUUUCAUACAACUUCAUAUUAUUGAUUGUAAAUAAUAACUGUCAUUCAAAAUAAACCUAUCUUGGAGUGAACAUCUGUGCACUUUCUCUAAGUUUACUAUAUACAUACACAAUAUCUUGGUGUCAGAAUUGGUUUCGAAAAUACGCCAAUUACUUGAUUUUCUAUAUUCUACUACAAUAACACGCAGAGAAAAAAUAGUGAAAAGUGCAUAUUUUCAUUAAGAAGUCAACAUAACCAUGUCAGACGUAGAGGAACCUUCUACUGCAUUGAUUGCUGCUGUGACAAAGUCGUUGGCGGAUGCUCUGAGUAUUGUUAUUCCACAAGUUACCACUCCUGUUAUAAACCAGCCUGAAUCUACUUCUUAAGCUCAACCCAAAGCUCCUCCGUUCAAGUAUUAAGAAUAUCGUUUGUCCGACGGAACGACAGUCGACGAUUAUUUCAAGAGAUUCGAGUGGCCAUUACAACUAAGUAAAAUUUUGGAAAAAGAAUAUGGUAAUUUCACUCGAGUAUAUAUAUGGGUGCAGAACUUAAUAAUGCUCUGAAAAUUCUUAUUGCAUUUGAUACACCAGAAAGUCAUACGUAUCAACAAAUUCGCACUGUUUUAAUUGCACAUUUUGGCGUCAAGAAAAAUAAAUAUGCAGAAAGUGUUAAGUUUCGACAAAUUGUACAGCUAUAAAAUGAAUCCAUUGCUAAUUUCUCACUACAAUUGAAACAAGGAGAUACGUUCUGCGAAAACGACACAUUUCUCGACAGGAUGCUGAUUGAGCAGCUCCUACAUCGUCUCACUGAUCGUGAUAUGCGCGGCAAAAUAAUCGCCAAGCCUAUUACAUUCAAGGACGCUUAUGAAAUAGCACAUACAUUAGAGUCAACUCGUCAAACAGCAGAUGAGGUUACCUCUACUUCUAAUAAGAUACAUGCACUGUCUUAUUCAACAACGCAUUUCAAACAUAAAUGGAAUGCUUUGUAUACAUCGCGCAGUGCUUCUCGGAAGCAAUGUCAUGGCCAAGAACAAGGUCAGUACGCCUGUUAUGGAUGUGGAGAACGUCACAAACGCAGUGAGUGUCCAUUUCGUACUUCUGAGUGUCAUAAAUGCAAAAAGGUGGACACAUAGCAAAAGUUUGCAGAACUUCAUCUUCGCUUUCUACUUCUCAAAUACAAAGUUCUGAAGAGCCUGCACAAAAAAUAGACACAUUGAAAUGUUUCAACGCAGUCGAAAAAAUCCACGUUAUUUGUUCUUCUGUUGCAGCCAACAUCGCCUCAACUGCAUCCGUACUUGCUCUGCUAAUGUAUCAUUUGGUUCUACAUCUCGUCAACUUCCAGUCUACGUUAUUCAAGGCUCUUACGAUUCCUCUUUUGGUCGUGAAUGGAUCGCACAAUAGGGAACAGACAUGGUUUUGCUAUAUACAUAUAAAUACUUAGAAAAUUUAGUUUUAGACUUAGAAAUACAGUAGAAAAUAGCACAAGAAUACGUUAUGUAUCAAUUUUUUGCUGAUUUAGUACCUCUAGACCCUAAUAUUAUUAAUUAAAAGUUAAUAUGUUUGAGUAGUUUUUAAAACGGCAGCUCUCCAAUAUGGCAGCUCAAAGGAUAAAGACCUAACCUAACGUACGGGCAUUUGAGUACAUGAAUUACAGUCAUUAUGAAUCUAUUUUGAUUUUGAAGCAUUAUCUCUCAACUCUAUUAUGAUUUUUGA